AUGCAGGCACCACUAUCAGUAUCGGCAGAAAAAAACCUAUCAGCCCUAACCCCAGCCACCGAUAACAGCCUGAACGUCGCGUCCAACAACACGGUCCAUUCUCCCACCUCGACCUUGGCGCCGACCUCUCGAAAACGCAAAAGCAGCGAACUCGACAAUGACGGCCGUGGCCCGAGUGCCAGUGCCGAAGUUUUCACAGCAAAUAUACUCUCUUCCACGAAAAGUGCAGGGUCAAGUUCAGGUGUAGGUACAGUGACAUUCGCCCCAGUCACGCUCGUGGCGCGAGCAUGCCUUCCGCUGACAUGGCUGGAUUGUUCGUCCCCGACCGCAAGGCUCAUCUUCCAAGCUGAGAUCACGGCCGUGGUGGUGGAGGAAUGGGAACAGCGGGUCCUUGUCGUGCGCAGACUCCCCUCGGGGACUCUCUUUGCUGUUGAGAAAGUGGCCUCCACGCCAGUAGCCACGUUCGUGGCGUGUGCGCUGCACGAUUGGGUGACUGAGGCGUGGUGUCACGAUGCGGGGAUCGGGAAGAUCGCCAGCGUCAGAGUCGAGGAUUUGCUGUCCGGGGGUGGCAAUGAGGAUGCGUACGCGAACACGUACACGUACACCCACCCAGGGACACAUUCGCGAACAGUCUCGGGAUCGAGCUCCGCUGCUUUGCCGAUCGCUACGACGGGCCUGAGCUCGUCAAAGGGUCCGAAACGCCCGAAUAAUCGCAGGGGAGCGUUGGCUAGGAUGUCGAUUCUGGCGCUGAAAGAUCCGGCGGCUACUUUGGGGGCGAUGGAGGGAGUCAUUUCGCCGAGUAUCCAGCAGCAGGAGUCGCAGCAACCCAUAGAUCCAAAUGUCCAGGAACGGGCAUCUGCGGGGAGUUCUCCUGCCGUGUUGCAGAUGCCGGGUAUGGCUCAUUCUCCUGACCAAGCGGCAUUACCGAUCACACCGGCCGCUCAAAUCUCUACACAGAACCCGUUCGAAGCGUCUCUGGCUGCGACUGAAGCUGGUGCGCCGCAGGAGAUGCCUUCGACCUUGCGCGGAGCAGGUAUACAGGAGCCUCAACCUUCAAUUCUAGGUGAAACUGGUAUACAGGAGCCUCAACCUGUGGUUGCGGUAGGACUUGAAGCAGGCGUCCACAACGUGCUACCUGACACGAAUCCCCUGGCCCCUGAACGCGUUCGAGCACAAUACUUCGAGCACCUAUACACCUCCAAGACGUCACUCGCAUUCUACGUCAAAGGGCCGCUCAGUCGUGCCCGCGCCCACGUCCGCACCGCCGAGCACCCCAUAAGAGCAAUCAGGGAACUAUCCGACUUCUAUGAACAAAGCAUUCUGCCCACGAAAAAGGUCGACACCAAAUACAAAGAAUCAAUCGUGAAGAUCAUCGGCGAGUUACCGCUCCCUCAGCAAGAAGGGGAACCCGAUGGCCCGGGUGUGGAUAUGAAGAAGAGGAAGUCUCGCAAGACGAAGACAGUGAUGAAGCGGGGCAAAGAUUGUCUAUGGCCCCAAGAAGAGGACUUCAUCGCGAAGUGGUGGCGCGGGCGGGAUAUCAGGGGGCCUGUUUCUGCCAGCGACCGCACAGAAGAGGUGCGGAAGGAGGUGGCGGAUUUGCGCAUGCGCGAGACCAAGAUGCAAAUGCUGUUGAUGCUGGAAGUCAUGCUUUUGGACACGGCGGCGUCGACAUUGGCGGGAUCGGAAUCUGAAGUGCCACCAGUCCCUGCUGAUCCCGACAUCAAGGUUGAGUCUGUCGAAGAAGAAUCCUCGGCGGCACUUCUCGCCAUGACUCCGCGCAAGCAGUCCAAGAAGGAGAAGAAGAAGCGUGACUGGGCCGCUGAAAUCGAUACAAUCGUCGAUCGUCUUUGUAUAUGGCACACCGUAAGCCUGGACGACCUUGUCAACACAGCUAACGACAAGGCCUUGAAAAAGGACGCCAAUGGCAGCAGCGCGUCGAAGCCAAACGAUUCUCUCCGGGACUUCUGCAAGGAAGUCCUCUUGCCCUUCUAUUCUGCCAAACUGUCCGAGCAGAUCAAAGCCAUCUGUCGCAAGCUCGGCGGACCUGAUAUCACGCCCAAACGGCCCAGAUUGGGACACACAGCACCUCGUCUCCACAGAUCCUCCUCAUCAGUAUCUUCCUCCACGAAGUCAAAGCCAGGCCAGCCACUCUCGACUCGUACGCUCGAGCGGGUGCUGAGCGAAGACCACCAACUGCUCCGCCAUGCCUCCCCUCCCACUACGUUCUCGCGCGCCUCUUCUAUAACAGCACCCAGCAUCCCGACCCUGAAACGCGAACCAUCUGACCGGCCUGCAUCUCGAGGCAGGAUGCUCGCCAAGUCCAUGUCUUUCUCCAACCGUGAGAUCGACCUCGUGGCAGAUCAAAGAGUGCACGAGGCGAAGCGUCGCAAACUGGAUCGACUCGCCCAGCAGAAAAAGGAACUUGAAGCCGCUAUUGAUGCGCUUAAGAAGCCCGACCGAAGAGCGGUGGCCAGCCAAUUCAUGGAUGAGGCGGAACAGAGGAAGAGACUGGAGAUGGACAAGAAGACGGCCGUGCAGAUCUCGGCGACCCCGAGGGCAAAAAGAGUGCAAGGGCAUUCGCAGCUGUUGGGCGAGCCGGAGCUGCCUCCAAUGCCGAUGCCGAGAUUGGUAUCCCGAGGACAAGACGCUACCAUGGUAAUUCCUUCUUCUACAGUCAAACCUCGAAUCCGACCGGGUCUUUCAAGCUCGGCGAGUAUUCCUCGGUCUUCGGCGAAGAAACAAGCGGUUUUAGCAGCGAUCCAUGAGACACCAUCCAGAGGCCUUGAUAAGAAGACCUCGAAUCCCUUGGAUUUGGCCGUCCUCUCUCACCCCCUGGUCGAGCCUGGCAACGACACAAGUAUUGUGGCAACCCCCGCUGCAAGACGCACGCACCCUGACUUCGGAGACCACGUAUCGCCUGGAUUCAAUCUGCCAUCAUCUCAGCCUCUACCACCGUCCAGCCAGAUGACCAACCCCGGGGAAGGGCUGCUUAUGAGGAGGUCCGGUCGUCCAGUCCUCUUCACACCACUGAGAAAGUCCGACGUCCGCUUAGACCAAGCAUUCCGCGAUGCUCCCAUCAUCCCAGAGCGGGCGGGUCAUAUCAUGGACAGGGUGAUGGGUGGAAAGGGUCGCGGAAUAGACGAAGGCUUCGAAGCACUUCCAGGUGGCCAUCCCCCAGGGACCAGAAACUUCAGAGCCGCUGAACAGAAGGGAACUCGACUUGAUGACGCCGACGACGGCGAUAUUUAUGACAAACUCGGUUGGAACGACGAUUUCGACCUUUGA